AUGGCUGGGAUUGAGCCUCCCGAGCUGGAGCUGAGUCCGGCAGAGCCAUCCCUCUGGACGAGGUCGCUCUUAUCUGGGGCUGUGGCAGGUCUUACAGUUGACAUUUCCCUCUUCCCUCUCGACACAAUAAAAACCCGUUUGCAGCAAGCUCGAAAACGCAAAGCCUCCGCAACUAAAACCUCAACGCCAUCUCUCCGUCAAGCCGUCCGCGGAAUUUAUGCUGGCCUCCCCUCCGUCCUCCUCGGAUCCGCCCCUUCAGCUGCUAGCUUUUUUAUCGUUUAUGAUGGUGUAAAGCGACACCUUCAACCCACUCCAUUGUCCUCGACUUCUACGUCAUGGCAACAUACAGUCCUCACACAUUCCCUUGCAUCAUCUCUUGGCGAAAUAUCCGCAUGUGCUGUCCGAGUUCCUACGGAAGUGAUUAAACAACGCGCCCAAGCGGGGUUGUUUGGUGGGUCUACACUUCUUGCACUCAAGGAUAUUCUUUCGUUAAGACACUCAGGGUCUGGGGGCACCACUGAUAGACGGAGAGGAGGUUUGGGGCUUGUUAUAAGAGAAUUAUACCGCGGCACAUCCAUCACCAUUGCACGAGAGAUACCAUUUACUGUUUUGCAGUUUACGAUGUGGGAGGCAAUGAAAGACGCAUAUGCGUCCCGAACAGCAGGAUUAGAUGCUGGCACCGUCACUGGAUCUGGAUCGAAAGGUAUAUCUGCGGCGCCAAGUGCAUUGUUCGGCAGCCUUGCGGGAUCGAUUGCUGCUGGCCUGACAACUCCACUCGAUGUUGUCAAAACUAGAGUAAUGUUAGCCAGGAGAGAAGGUAGUGAUAAGGUGCGAGUGAGAGAUGUUGUGUGCGGAAUUUUGAAGGAAGAAGGAAUUGGAGCGUUCUGGAGAGGAAUCGGACCGAGAGUUGCCUGGAUUGGAAUUGGAGGUGCAGUGUUUCUGGGCAGUUACCAGUUUACUUGGAACAUGCUUGAGGCCAAGCAGGAUGGGAAAAAACACACCAGACCAGAGCCUCUGUGA